CGACUUCAAAUUCAGAUGGACUGAAAUAAGUUUAUGACAACACUUCAGACGUGACAAAACGUAACGUAACGCUUGAUACACGUAAAUUCUGACGCAUUAUUAGAUGCAUUCACUUAGAGUCUAACCAGGGUUAACAGCUGAUGAUUGUAUCGUAAUGGCAAACAACUAUGUAGGCUCGGUUCAAGUGAUACUGCGAGAACUGAUUUUCUAAUAUUUGAGUAAUUUUGAUCAAAAGAAUUGGGCCGAAAGAAGGAGGUAGAAAGAGUAAAUAACAAUGAAUGGUUGGCACAAUGAAGGAGCAGCAUUGAUAUACCCAGCUACCAGUGCGUUGCUAUGGGGAGACUUAAAGACAGCGAUUGUCUGCUAUAUUUUCGUAGUCAUCACUUUGUCUUGUCUCGCUGUGACAGUUGGGUUAAAGUAUAAAGAGCGAUUUUACAAGGCAGUUGGAAUACUUGGCACAAUGCUUGUUGGUUUCUCAAUCGUGCUGACUGUUACAAGUAACGGAUGGAUGGUUGGAUCAGUACGCUCGCGAUGCUCAUAUUGGGACUAUGGAGGACGUGAAAUAGAUGGCGCUAAUAUCGGGGUCAACGUUGGGCUUCAUAGCGUGAAUAUUACCUUAAAAGGUUAUGUUGAUGGCAAGUGGAUCUACAAUAAUGAGCGUUACUCCUGGUAUAGUAUUGGUGAAAUACAAAAUGAGUUCCGAGUUGCCAUGGUGAGGGGGACCCCAGAUGCUAUAAUACAUACCCUUGGGCACUUCCUGCCCGAUGAAGGGGGACUAAGGUGGGGGAGACGGCUAAGAACCGCGGGGUAUUACACUAGUGCUCUUUUAUGGACUAGCUUAGCGUGUUGGUUCCUCUCCAACCUUAUUCUAUUCAUUGCCACGGGGACGUCCGCCUGGCAUUUUAUGCUCACUGGAACGCUAAUGAUUAGCGCCGUCAUCUCCUACUGUGUAUCAGCCCCAAAUGUUCGUAUUGCCUACGAAGAACGGCAAAUGGUGCUUGCGUUUGGUUGGGCGUUUUGGGUCGUUGUGGUAACAGGUUCACUGACCUUCAUUGUAGGAUUCCUUCUUUUAGUGACGAAUAACUGUUUUCCUGAGAAAUUGGUAAUGAUUGGUUUAGGGGAUGAUUCGGCUCAAUAUACAACUGCGGGAGAAGAGAGCCUUGGUGAGGGCCGUAAAAAGGGAGGCAAACAGAACGGUCAUGGGUUUGUAAAUGCUGGCUAUGUACAAGACACAUCUGACAGUACAUCAUCUGCUGCUCUACGCGUUGAAUCCGAAAGGAAGGACUUUGAUGGCCAGUUGAACGGCAGUCAAAACAAAAUUGAAGAUCGACGAGUCUCUUCUGAUGAUACACAUGCAUCAAAUGAACUAGGUACAUUGCAUAUUGAGAUGGACACAACCACUAAUUAUGAAGAGACAAAUGAGUCGACUAUUGAUGACGGGAAGGCAACUAAUAUUAGGAUAAGUGAAACGGAUAUAUAUACACGAUUGUGA